AUGAAGCUGUUUCUAUUUCUACUAGUUUCCUGUUUAUUCGCCGUCACAGAUGGAUAUAAAGUUCUUGUUGUUAGUCAAAUAUUUGGUCAUUCACAUGCUAAUUUCAUGGGACGAUUAGCUGAUCUAUUGACUGAGCACGGUCAUAAUGUCACUGUUCUUAUGCCGGUUGUAGAUGUUAAAGAACUCGAUAGAAAUGGAGUACAUUUAACGAAAGAUGUGAAGGUUGUUAUGCCUUCUGAGAAAACUAAGAAUCUCAUGGCUAAUAUGGGUGGUGAUUUAUUCAAAACACUCUGGACCGUAUCACCAAACGUUUUUGCUCAAAUUAGUAUGUCAUCUGUUAUGGGAGAAACAUUCAAAUCAUCUUGCAAUGAUAUUCUUGAAUCAACUGAAUUACUUCAACAACUUCGCGAUGAGAAGUAUGAUAUCGCUUUAGCAGAACCUUUCUACUUCUGCGGAAUAGGACUUCUUGAAGUUUUGAAUAUACCUGUAACAGCAGCAGCUUCAUCAGCUGUCCAAGUCGAUGCUUUCUUCCACCUGAUUGGAGAACCGAUUUUGCCAAGUUAUGUUCCAAACACUAUGUCAACGAGUGGAUCCAAAUUAGGAUUUAUUGACCGAGCUAUUAAUCUGUUCGGAUCGUAUGCCUCUAUUGCUUUCUUCGAAAACAUUUAUAGCAUUGAGUAUCAAGCUUUCAUUGAGAAGUAUGGACCAAACUUCAAAAGCUAUAAGGAAAUUGCUUCUGAAGUCAGCUACUCCUUCACAAACUCCAAUCCAUACUUAAACUUCCCAAGAGCUACCAACCCUAAAACAAUCGAUAUUGGAGGUAUCACCAUAAACAAGAAAAAGCUGAAAGCCAAGUUGUCUGACGAGAAGUUAUCAAAGAUUCUUGAUGAGCGCAAGAAAACAGUUCUUUUGUCAUUCGGUUCUGUGGCCAAGAGUAAGGAUAUGCCGGAUAUUUACAAAAAAACUAUCCUUCAAGCAUUCAAAGAGAUGGACGACGUAACAUUUAUUUGGAAAUACGAAGAAGACACAGAUAUGGUUGAUGGAAUUAAGAAUGUUCAUUUGGUUAAAUGGUUACCACAAGUUGCAUUAUUGAAUGAUGAUAGACUUGACUUGUUCAUCACUCAUGGAGGAUUGGGAAGUACUCUUGAAGUUGCUCAUUUGGGAAAACCAGCCAUAUUUGUUCCUAUCUUUGCUGAUCAGUACCGUAAUGCCUUAAUGUUGGCACGGUUUAAUGGAUCUCUGGUUUUACAGAAAACCGAUUUGGAUAAUGUUGAAAUAAUUAAGAGCUCAAUCAGGACAGUGUUGAAUGAUGAUAAAUAUUCUAAGAACGCAAAGAAAAUCUCAAAUGUUCUCAUGUUAAAUCCCAAUGAUGCUGCCAGACUAUUUGUAGAUCAUAUCGAAUUUGCUGCCAGUGUUGGCCGAAUUCCAAACUUAGAAACUGAUUCUCGCCAUUUGAGUUUCACACAAAUUCAUUCCGCAGAUGUAUAUUUUGCUCUUGUUGCUGUUUUGCUUGUAUUGGUAUUGCUGAUUGUAACAGUUUUCCAUUUUGUUUGUAAAUGUUUAUGUGUCAAGAAAGUUAAAAAAGAAUAG